AGUCCUAUCUCGACUCUUUCAGCAACCUCCGAGAACCGGUGCGUUCGCUCCUCACGCGCUCGCGACUCUUCUCGUUUACCUUUAAAUGGAAAACGUUUGAGCGACGCCGUGAUUGGUCCGCCUGGCUGUCAAUCACGCGCGAUGGGGCGGGACCUUCGGGCCGCUGUGACUGACGGGAAUCAGCGGCGUUCGUCGAGAGCUGAGCGACAGAACCGAGAAAUGGACUUAAAAGCAGCGUAACGUCGGAUUCGUGAGGCUCUGCAGUUCGUGAAACAGCGAUCGAGUGUGUUUAAUGAGGAGGAGCUCGGUGUUACAGGAAGCGCUAUUGUUAUCGUCACAUAUGAUUUGGACUCGGUAUGAGCUAAAGCACCGCUACCGUCGCAGUCUGUGGAGCUGCCGUUAACGGACACAAGCGCUGGCGGACGGAGCCGCGAGGUAACCCUAUGCCAUGGAUUUAAAAACUGCUGUUUUCAACGCCGCCCGAGACGGCAAACUGAGGCUCCUCCAGAAGCUCUUGGAGAACAAGAGCAAUCACGACGUGAUGAAGCUGAUGGCGGAGAAGACCAACGGAGCGACGCCGCUGCUCAUGGCCGCGCGGUACGGGCACCUGGAGCUGGUGGAGUACCUGAUCGAGUGCUGCUGCGCAUCGGUGGAGGUCGGAGGCUCGGUGAACUUCGAUGGGGAGAUCAUCGAGGGAGCGCCGCCGCUGUGGGCCGCCUCGGCCGCCGGACAUCUGAAAGUCGUGCAGUCUCUGCUGGGUCACGGUGCGUCUGUGAACAAUACGACUCUUACGAACUCCACCCCGCUGAGAGCCGCGUGCUUCGACGGACACUUGGAUAUUGUCAGAUACCUGGUGGAGCACAAAGCGGAUCUGGAAGUGGCCAACAGGCACGGACACACCUGCCUCAUGAUAUCAUGUUAUAAAGGCCACAAGGAGAUCGCGCAGUACCUGCUGGAGAAAGGAGCCGAUGUCAACCGGAAAAGUGUGAAAGGUGAGACGAGGGAUGCGCUGUAUUUAUCCUCUGCGAUGAUAUCGCAGUUGUUGUUUUAAUGAUGUGUGAUUUGACAU